CAGUCCGCGCCUGCCCUAGUGCUCUUUAGCGGGGGAGGAGCCGAGACCCGGAGCAGCAGCAGUGGUGGUGGCGUCCGGAGGUCCGACAGCUCUGCAGCUCUGAGCGCGCAACUGGCCAGGAAGUUUCAGGCCAUCCAUGAGCCAGCAGGAGAGGAUUGCCAGCCAGAGAAGGACAACAUCUGAAGUCCCAAUGCACAGAUCAACUGCCAACCAAAGCAAGAGGAGCCGGUCACCAUUUGCCAGCACUCGUCGUCGCUGGGAUGACAACGAGAGCUCGGGAGCCAGCCUGGCUGUUGAGAAUGAGGAUUAUUCCAGGUAUCCUCCAAGAGAGUACAGGGCCUCAGGGAGCCGAAGAGGAAUGGCUUAUGGACACAUUGACGCUUUAGUGGCUCGUGAUAGUGAGGAGGAGGGGGCUGGGCCUGUUGAUCGACUGCCAGUGAGAGGGAAAACUGGCAAGUUUAAGGAUGAUCCCGAGAAGGGGGCAAGGUCUUCCCGCUUUGCUAGCGCUAACCGUGAUGUGAAAGAGGAACGUGGCAAGGUAGAGUCACCCCCUGCUGCGAGGCGCUCUGCACGCAGAGCUGAGCUCUCGAAGCAGAAUGGCUUCUUGGCCUCUUCUGCUGAAGGCAGGGCAGCUGCGAAAGGUAAUCACAGCUCAGAAAGGGAGAGGCAGAAUUUACCAGCUCGUCCUAGCAGGGCUCCUGUGAGUAUCUGUGGUGGUGGGGAAAACACCCCAAAGAGUGCUGAGGAACCGGUGGUGAGACCCAAAGUCCGGAAUGUGGCGGCUCCAAACUGCAUGAAACCGAAGGUGUUUUUUGAUACUGAUGAUGAUGAUGAUGUACCACACAGUACUUCCAGGUGGAGAGAUGCCGCUGAUGCCGACGAAGCCCAUGCCGACGGUCUAGCCAGAAGAGGCCGAGGUGAGGCUGCCGGUGGCUCAUCUGAGCCAAGGUAUGCUGAAGACCAGGAUGCCAGGAAUGAGCAAGCAAAGCCAGAGAAAGUGUCAAGACGGCGACGCACCAUGGCAGACCCUGAUUACUGGGCAUACAAUGAUGAUUACUACCGCUACUACGAGGAAGAUUCUGACAGCGACAAAGAGUGGAUGGCUGCUCUGCGCAGGAAGUACCGAAGCAGGGAUCAACCCCAGUCUUCAAGUGGAGAAAGCUGGGAGCCUCUCCCAGGAAAGGAAGAUCAGGAACCCCAGCAAGCUAGAGCGAAUGUGAACACCGCUGGAGCCGGGAGCCUUGCGGGUGCUGGCAGUAAUGGCAGUGGCUAUCCUGAAGACGUUCAAGAGCCGUCUCUGCAGGAAGAAGAGCAGGCCUCUCUGGAAGAAGGAGAAAUUCCUUGGCUCCGCUACAACGAGAAUGAAAGCAGCAGCGAGGGUGAUAAUGAGUCUACUCAUGAGCUGAUGCAGCCCGGGAUGUUCAUGCUGGAUGGAAACAACAACCUGGAAGAUGACUCCAGUGUGAGCGAAGACCUUGAAGUGGACUGGAGCCUGUUUGAUGGAUUUGCAGAUGGCUUGGGAGUGGCGGAAGCCAUCUCCUAUGUGGAUCCUCAGUUCCUCACCUACAUGGCUCUCGAAGAGCGUCUGGCCCAGGCGAUGGAGACAGCCCUUGCGCACUUGGAGUCUCUUGCCGUUGAUGUCGAAGUGGCUAACCCACCUGCAAGCAAGGAGAGCAUCGAUGCGCUGCCUGAGAUCUUGGUCACCGAAGAUCACGGUGCAGUGGGCCAGGAAAUGUGCUGUCCUAUCUGCUGCAGCGAGUAUGUGAAGGGGGAGGUGGCAACAGAGCUACCAUGCCACCACUAUUUCCACAAGCCGUGCGUGUCCAUCUGGCUUCAGAAGUCUGGCACCUGCCCAGUGUGCCGCUGCAUGUUCCCUCCCCCGCUCUAAAAACCAAGGCUCUUAACAGUCAGCCUGGUUACGUUCCCUGUCUAAAACCCACAAUACUACAGGAGCCCUUGUUCAAAAUUUACCAGUGGCAAUGAAAUCAGUCAGUCAAUUAGACUACAGUUGAUUCCUUGUGAUUAUUUCCAUGUGAAAAUGAUUGUGUACAAUUACAUUUAAAAAUCAUCCUCUCGUUUAGAAGGUAGAAGGGGGAAAGUCAGCUUUCUAAAUGCUACUUGAGAUUGCAGUAAGAACAUACGUUUUCUAACCUGAAAGUUGAAACAAAUCAUACUUGUUCUGUAGACUGUGUCUCUCUUACCUGUUGACGUCAGGAUUAUCUGUUAAAUAUGUCAGAAAGACAAAAUUACUUUUGUUGCAUGUCAUGGGUUAAUGUUCCUGUAUUUGCAGUGGUGUAAAAGCUUAUCAAAGUUCUUCUUUUGCUUUGACACAGAACAAUGGCAUCAUUUGGUUUUGUUUGAAAUUGUGAUACCAGGUAACUCUAAAUUUAUCCCUUGCAUUUGCAACAAAAGUAUUGUGUUUCAGUGUUCUCACCUCUAGAAAAACUAGUUUUCACUAGAAAUGCUCAUCAGAACACCAAAAAACUUCUUUAAUAGGAAUAAGGUAUAUAAUUGUCUGCUGUAGAGAAAAGAUUGACUUAAGAGAGGAAAACAAGUGUGGAAAAAAAACCACAGAGAAACAGUGGUUAAAAAAUGAAUCCAAAGUGUACAGGUGAACAUGUUCAAAUCACCUUUGAGAAAAAGAAACUGUCAAAAUGGUAAAAAUAAUAAAAAUAAAUAAAAAAAUAAAAAUAAAGGUC